AACAAUCUCAUCAUCUGAGCUUGUCGUUACCCCCCAAUUCACUCUACCAAAAGACAGUCUCAUCAUCUGCUACAAGAAUUACCAUAUCCAUGUAAUAAAUGUGACAAAAAUGCCUAAAAAUGAGUAUUAGAGAGAGAAAACCAGAGAGAAACCCAAACCCGCACACCUCCUUUCCCCCGGUGGGUCUCAGGCCACCGAGAAUACCCCAAACCCAAACCGAGCGCCCACCGGUGAAAGAGGGACAGACCCAAAAACCACAACCAUUCCAUUACCCUUCGAGAAGUAGGUUGCAGGGGCUUGAGAGGACAGAACGAGAGGACAGAUUCAGAGGAUUGCGACGUCCAUUUUUCGGCUAUGGGAAGGGGGUGCUGGAGAGAGCUACUCCGUUCUUCUUCACAAACUUUCCUGAAGAUUGGGAGAUGGGGGAAAUGUGGAAAGUGUUCAUCAAGGUAGGGAGAGUGAUACAGGUGUUCAUUGCAAGGAAGAGGGACUUCAAAGGCAGACGGUUUGGCUUUGUAAAAUUCUUGGAAGUGAAAGACUCAAAGGCAGUGGAAAAUCAACUAAAUCGUAUUACGAUAGACCAUCAUACCCUCCAAGCAAACCUGGCAAGAUUUUCCAAGGAUGAAGCCCAAAGGAAGAAGGAAACAUCCAAGGUCCAUAAUAAAAUGCAUGUAGGGAUCACAGGCUCAAGUGGGAUGCAGAGAAGAGGAACCCGAACAUAUGCAGAGGUUGUGAGAUCAGGCCAAAGAAAAAUGAUGAGCAAGGAAAGACCAAGUCGGGAGUGGAAAAGAAAGGACCAAGAAGGAGCAAAAAAGAUUGAAAGGGAAGGAUGGUAUGGUCUGGAAGUAGGUGUCGAUGAUGAAGACAUAAGGGAGCUGGAAAAAUGCUUUAUAGGCCAUGCAAAAUGCCCGGAAAUCAUCAGCACCCUACAAGACAAAUUUGCUAUGGAAGGCUACUUUUCAGCCAAAAUUACUCCAAUGGGAAGCAACCUAGUACUGCUGUCAAGUGGGGACGCGGAAGAACUCAAACAUCUCGUAACUGAAGGUAGUGAAUGGCUAGCACAGUGGUUCACUGAAGUUACACCAUGGUCCCCAGAGGUAGAAAGCUGGAAUCAAUGGGAAGUGGCUGAAGACGAGAAAGUAAUAGAACAUGGGAACAAAGAUGAGCAAUCUUGGUCGCCAGAAACUUCAUCGGCGGCAAUGGAGUUUGAAUUUGGUCCAGAGACGUUAGAAAAAUCUGACAGAGCAAUUAAUGAGGAGCGGCAAACUUCAAAUCAGCAAGGUGUUGAAGGACCCGAGGAGAACGAUAUGAUGAAUUGUUGGGAAACUGAGUCAGAAGCUAACGAGGGACAAACCCAGUCAAUUGAAGAGAAGGAAGGAGGCAAGAGAGCGGAUGAAGACCCAUACCCACCAGGUUUCGACCCAAAACAAAGGGCAUUGGGCCUAACAAAAGAAGAUGAGCCAACGAAACAGACAAAGGAAAGCAAGAUGGUGGAGCCCCAUGAGCAGAUGACAUUUAAUUCGAGAGUUGACGAAGGUAAAGAAAGAGAAGCAGUGGAGCACAGCUAUAUUCAAGGGGAGUACGACAAAGGAACUGAGGACCUAAUCCACGGCAAAAAGAUGAGCCAAGCAAGAAAGGAGCAGAACAUGGAAGAAGAUUCAAUUGAAGAAGAAAGGAGAACCAAUCCAUUCUGGGAAGGCCUAGCAAGUGAUGACGAGAUCCUGCAAUCUAAAAUGGAGAGGAUAGCUCGACAGAGAAAAAUGGGGAAAAAGAAAGGGAAACAAAGGAGGUUAACAACAAGGAGGAAGGCUCAUUCGAAUCUCGAACUAGAUCUGCAUCUGAGGAAGAGAAGACUCAUAGCUGAAGGGGAAUUUCAAAUGGAGAAGGGCGUGUCCAGAGCAUAUCAGGGACUGGGGAAGAGCAGCAAAAGAAGAGCAGUGAGGGAAUUGAUCAGGAAGGAGAAGGUUGAGAUGAUUUUCUUACAAGAGACCAAGCUAGAGCAAAUCAAUGAUAAGCUAGUGUACUCUAUAUGGGGCUCAGAAAAUUGUGAAUGGCUUAUGAAAGCAGCUCAAGGUAGCGCAGGAGGAAUAUUGAGCAUCUGGAAUCCAAAAUUUUUUAGGAUGCAUAAGAAACUAGAAGGGACAGGUUUCUGCGGCAUGACUGGCUUUUGGGGAGUAGAUCAGAUCCCCUGCUCUUUUGGAAACAUUUAUUCCUCAUGUAAUAGGCAAGAGAAGUGGCAAAUGUGGUCAGAAUUGCAAGAAUUAAUCAAAGCUGCGGGAGGAGGAAACUGGUGCUUGGCAGGUGACUUUAAUGCAAUAAGAUGCAAAGAAGAGAAAAAAGGCAAAACGUAUGAUACCUCUGAUAUGUGCAAAUUCAACAAUUUUAUAUCAGAGACGGGACUCUUGGAGAUUCCUCUCAAGGGUAGGAAAUUCACCUGGUAUAAACCAGAUGGCUCAGCAAUGAGUAAGCUAGAUAGAUUCCUUCUGUCAAAUGAAUUAUUGUUAUGUUUUCCUGAUAUCUCAAUGAGGGGUCUGAGUAGGGACAUAUCAGAUCACUGUCCAAUUGUGCUUGAAACUUGUGCCAUCGACUGGGGCCCAAAACCUUUCUGCAGCCUUGACUGCUGGUGGAACCAUGAAGGAUUUGCAAACUUUAUACAGGAAAAAUGGACCAAUAUGUCAGUAUAUGGCUGGGGAUGCUACAAAUUGAAAGAAAAAUUCAAGAGGCUAAAGGUUGAAUUGAAGAGAUGGAACAGAGAGGAGGUCAAAAGGCACAUCAAGGACUACUUCAAGAAAAAAUUUGAGGAAGAAAGAUGGGAGAGACCAGAAUUUGUGUUGGACAGUUUCAGGAAAUUAUCAACAGAAGAAAACAAUUUUCUGGAAGCAGCAUUUUCAGAGCAAGAAAUCCAAGAAGCAGUGUUGGGGUGCAACGAUAGUAAAAGCCCAGGACCGGAUGGCUUUAAUUUCAAUUUUCUGAAGAAAAUGUGGCCAAUACUGAAGAAGGAUCUAUAUGAAGAAGGAAGACAAAUCACAGACGGUAUAAUUAUUCCCAAUGAGGUGGUACAUGAAGCUAAGAGCAACAAAAAGCCAGUACUGAUCUUCAAAGCAGAUUUUGAAAAGGCGUAUGAUAGUGUCAAUUGGAAGUUCUUGGACAGUAUGAUGAGCAAAUUUGGGUUUCGACCCAAGUGGAGAUCAUGGAUCAGGGAGUGCAUAUCAUCAGCUACAGUUUCAAUCCUGGUUAAUGGGAGCCCUACAAAAGAAUUCCAAAUGGAAAAGGGACUAAGACAAGGGGAUCCUCUAGCCCCAUUUAUAUUCCUCAUGAUAGUAGAAGCCCCUAAUGGUCUUAUGUUGAAAGCAGCGGAGGAGAAUUUGUUUCAGGGGGUGGAGAUCGAUAGAAGCAGCCUUACACUCAUGCACUUACAGUACGCAGAUGAUUCUAUCUUCUUUUGCGAAGCAAAUGAGCAAAAUGUGAUGGUCCUAAAGAGCAUCUUAAGAAGCUUUGAAAUGAUCUCUGGUCUCAAAGUUAAUUUCUUCAAAAGUUCUCUUGUAGGACUCAAUGUGGAUAAGGUCAACCUCGAAGAUUAUGCAGAGAAAUUGAAUUGUGCCACUGGCAAGGUUCCUUUUAAAUACUUGGGGGUGCUAAUUGGUUCAAACCCGAGAAGAAUGUCUACUUGGGCCCCGGUGAUUGAAAUCAUGAAGAGGAGGCUUUCCAACUGGAAGAGGGACUCGUUAUCCUUUGGUGGGCGUAUGAUUCUUCUAAAUUCUGUCCUCUCGAGCAUCCUAGUGUACUACUUCUCAACCCUAAAAGCCCCAAAACAGGUGUUGGAGGCAAAGUAUAAAAUAGAUAAAAGGGAGGCGUGGGAAGCAAAUAAAUGGGACAGGCUAGGAUCGGCAUGGUGGGGAGACCUAUGGAAGAUAGAAUUUGAAGUAGAUGGCAAGAGGGGAUGGUUCAAGGAAGGGGUAGGAAAAAUAGUAAGAGAAGGAAAAGAAACUCUGUUCUGGCACGAGGUUUGGGCGGGAGAUAUGCCUCUAAAAGAGAAAUUUAAUAGAUUAUUCAGCUUGUCCAGGGAAAAAGAUGUUUGUGUUGCAGAUAUGGGAGAAUGGAAGAAAGGGGAAUGGACGUGGAACUGGAAGUGGAGAAGGAGACUCUUCACAUGGGAAACUGACAUGCUACAAGAUCUCCUCACAACAGCACAAGGGACAAAGCUGAAACAAGGUGAAGACGACUGCUAUGAGUGGAAGCAUGACCCAAUAGGCAAGUACUCAGUGAGAUCGGCAUACAACUUAUUAAACCAAAAACAAGAUGGUAGUCCGGACCACAAAUACAAGCUAAUUUGGGAUAGUAAAAUUCUGUUGAAGAUAUCAGCCUUUGCUUGGAGAGCCUUACAAAAUAGGAUUCCAACUAAAGAAAAUCUCCUAAAAAGAGGUAUGAUUGAAGAGACAACAGGAACAAAAUGCACUCUAUGUGGAGAAAAGAUCGAGACAGCAUCACACAUACUUUUCUCCUGCCUAGUCUCAUGGAAAGUAUGGUGUCUUUGCUAUGAUUGGUGGGGCAUCAAGACAGCCACACAAGAAGAUGGAUGGAACCACCUAAGGCAACAUAUGGGUCUCAUAAGUAUAGGAAGAACAAAGCAAGCCUGGUCAACAAUCUGGUUUUUCUCAGUGUGGUCUAUAUGGCUGUGGAGAAAUGCAUUAAUUUUCAAGGGAGAAACACAACGUAUUGAACAAGUUAUUGACCACAUCAAAGCCCACUCUUACACAUGGAUCAAAGCAAGAUUGACCCCAGACCUACCCCAUUCAAUCUGGUUUAACAGUCCAAAGGAAGCAUGUAGGAUACUUGCAAAGUAAUCUUCUUUUGUUUUGGGAUAUGGCUCUCUGACCCCAAAUCCUAUCUGUCGGCUCUUUUUGUAAAUAUGUUAUAAUGGGUUGAGGUACCCCCUGUACCUCCAAAAUAAUAUUUUUCUUUGCUG